UCCAGCAUGAAAACAAGCACCAUGUACCGCUGGUUUUAAUCAAUUGUUACUAUGGUUACCAUCGAACAUGAAACGUAAACAAAAUGUGUCCGAUCCUGUUGCAGUCCCUGGCGAAAAAUAAGGACUUGAAUUUGACCCGGUUGGACUACAAUACACGUGAUUCUCCGUUUCGAAAGCUGACAUUACUUUAGAAUAAACAAUUAUUUUUCAUGAACAAUGACUCUAUCUUUGUUUAUUACAUUUUUUCAAUUAUUUUGAGUUUCUUUAUGAAACUCGUUCGUUUACAAAGCUAAGUACUGAAUUUUCUCUAUUUCCACCGUCAAGACAAGUGACGUAAGAGAAGGUUACUUAAUUUGACAGAGAACUAUAAUAUAAAAUAUAUUUGUCAUGAGACUGAAGAUAUCUGUGCAAGGUAACAAUGAGCACAAACGGUUGCUCACUUGCGUUGCGUGGAGUUCAACGGAAGAGAUUUACUCGUGUGGAGAGGAUCAUUUAUUAAUAUCCUGGCAGUUGGAAGGUGGCACUGCGCAUUCCAGUGUUGUGACAGAAUUUCCAAGCGAUUUCUAUCCCACGGAUAUGCAAUGGCAUCCACGUCCCAAUCAUACUAUAUCUAUUGCCAAGAAAUCAUCUCUGGAUGUUCUACUGAUCACUACGGUCGAUGGAAAAUAUCACUUGGUCAACAAAAAUGGUCGUAUCGAAAAAAGUGUUGAAGCUCACAAAGGUGCGACGACAGUAGGCAAAUGGAGCAGUGACGGUUCUGCGCUGUUAACAGCUGGUGAAGAUGGAUUGAUCAAAAUCUGGUCUCGCAGUGGUAUGUUGCGUUCAACAUUAGUGCGAGCGAGUCUCCCUAUAUUAACGUCAAGCUGGAGUCCUGAUUGUUCAACAAUCUUGUAUUCCCAGGGGACAAAUCUGCUUCUUCAACCGCUCAAUUCCAAUUCGAAACCACUCAAAUGGCACGCACAUGACAGUCUUAUCCUAGUUGUUUGCUGGAGUCAAACAAAUGGACUUGUAGUUUCUGGAGGUGAAGAUUGUAAAUAUAAGAUAUGGGACGCCAACAGUAAUCAGUUGUACAGCAGUAGCGUAGGUGAUCAUCCUGUGACGGCAAUUAGCUGGUGUUAUUCUUCCGGCAAUUACUUCGCCGUUGGAUCCUUCAAUACCAUCAAGCUCUGCGAUAAAAAUGGGUGGACGCAUUCUAUGGAAAAAUUGAAUACCGGGAGUAUAUUUAGUAUAGCUUGGUCCAGCGACAGCACUCAAGUGGCUAUGGCGUGCAGUAAUGGAAAACUAUUAACUGGACAUGUGAUAGAUAAAAGAUUAGAAUGGGAUAAUUAUGAAGCAACAUUGGUGAGAAAGAAGGUGAUCGAAGUCAGAGAAGUAGGUAACGAAGUUCGUGAAGUAUUAGAAAUCUCGGAUCGUGUUGUGCAUCUCGAAUUCGGCUUCGGCCAUUUAGUCGUCAUCACACCCGCUCAAUGUCAUGUGUAUUCAGUGACUAAUUGGAACACUCCAGCGAUAUUUAAUUUGAAGAGCAGUACUCUCUCCACCGUGCUUCUUGCGGAAAAACAUUUCUUGACUGUGGAAUGGAAUACUGUGUCAUUGUAUAAUUAUCAAGGCCGUUUACUGGGCACUCCAAAGUGGAAGGGGUUUACUCAAGAGCCUCUUUAUCCUCCUUGUAUAUCACUGUGCUCGGAUACCUUAGUCAUAAGAGAUCAGAAUAACAUGAAAUUGCUUCAUAUUUUGGAAGUAGCUUACAAUAAACCGAUAACAGAGGGGCCGACACACUCGCACUUGCAAAAUGUGACGCAAAUAGCGUUAAAUCAUAUCGGUGGCAUGAACGAUCGGCAAUUGGCACUGAUAGACGUCAACAAGGAUCUCUUUUUAGUUGCGAUAAGAACCACAGGUUUUGGGAGAAUCUGUAAAAUAGCUGCAAUGGCGCAAAGUAUCGCAUGGGCGACCGAUGCGAACGUACUGGCCGCAAUGUUGGACACGACUCUAUCUGUGUGGCUCUGUCCUAACUGUGUCCAUUAUAGCGAUCGUAAAGUUAUACGGCGAACGAGGAUAGAUAAAGAAAGCAGCGAAUUCGGAAAACAGCCUAGCAUCGUGAACGUUCGCAACGGCUUAGUCAUGGUGAGACGCGGGGACGGUGCUGUCGUUGCUUCAUCCUUUUACACCCUGUUCACUAGUUUGCAUCAACACGUAUUGAACAAAAGGCUGAAGGAAGCGCUUUCCCUGUGUCGCAUAGCUCAGAACGAGAUAUUGUGGACUUGUAUGGCUGUUAUAGCAACUGACAACAAGGAAUUGGAUGCCGCGGAAGAAGCUUACGCAGCUAUCGGUCGAUACGACAAGGUCGAUUAUAUCAGAUACAUAAAGAGUUUAUCUAACGCUACAGAAAAGUAUGCAGAAAUGGCACUGUUGGCAGGCGAUUUGUUGGCGGCAGAAGGUAUAUUGUUGCAAAGCGGUUUGAUUAAGGAAGCUAUACGCAUUAAUAUUGAGGUCUACAAUUGGAACAGGGCUUUGGAGUUGGCAAUGCGGCACAAAAAAGAACUCGAAGAGGUUCUAGAGGCAAGAGCAAAAUACUUGCAGACCAUCAACACGAAAGAAACUAACCAAAGUUUUCUCACGCAUAUCGCAAAGUCACUACCAGCAAAUGAGAAAAAUAACGAGAAAGGACUUAAUACCAAAGAUGAUGAACAAAGUAACGUUAAACAAAGCAAAUCUGCAUCGCCGAGUCACGGAAUGUAACUAAGAAUUACAAACAAACCCACACGUAUGUCUAAAAGACUUUCCAAAGACGUCUUUUAGUACACCCAAAUAUUCUCUAGGAAAUAUUUUCUAAAAUUAUUUAUGUUGUAAAUUAAUUUAAAUAAUUGUAUAAAAUAUUGUUGAAAAUUUCCAGAUGGAUUCCUAUGGAAAUUCAUACCCAGUAAGCAAAAAAUAAAUACUACGAUGUUAUUACAACGA